AUGCGUACUGGUGCCUUCACUUUCACAUUAUGGAUCACCAUCAUCACUGCAAAAUAUCAGAGCACGGAUGUUAACACAGUGCACAUUCUGAUUGAACAGUUGGCACGAACAAUUUCUUGUGGUGGAAAUUUUCUACUAAACAUUGGUCCAGAUAUGCAUGGUAAAAUACCUGCCAUUUUCGAGGAUCGGCUACGUGAACUUGGAAGAUUAUUGUUGUUUUCCUGUCACUUUUUUAUUUGCAGAUUUAUUAACGUUAAUUCUGAAGCCAUUUACAAUACAAAACCAUGGAUAUAUCAAAACGAUACAGGAAACGUUUGGUAUACAUCGAAACUGAAUUCAAGUAAAUUACGCUUCGAUCGACUCUUCAAUCCACAAAUGGAAGGCAGUACGAUCAUUUAUGCGUGGAUACUGAAUAUGCCGACAACGGACUUGAAGUUAAAGCGAGUAAAAACAACCAACACAACGUUGGUAUCGUUUCUUGGUACGAAUGUGUCAUAUACACCUGGAUCUAUGUCAUCACUUGUGAUUCCAUUCAGUCGGAUUCCUUGGCGUCUUCUUAUUCGUAACGAUGUCAUGAUUCUGAAGAUCCAAAGCGCUGCCACGCAGCGACAUACUCCACUCGUUGCUGGUGGUCACAGGAAAUCAAAAACACUACUCGGUUAUGCUGACGACUUUAAUUGGGUAUAUAACGCCUUCUAA